GACGCGGUUUACGUAGAAUCAAUAAUUUUAGGUAUACUGUAAUAUGCUCGUUUUUAUGUUUGACAGGAAGCUUGAGGUUAAAACUUCUUGUGGUGUAUCUGCCUAUACAAUUUGGUCUGCCUUUCACAUUUUUUUUGUCAAUAAAUGUAAAUUGUAGAAUUUUUCUAUAAUGGAUUGGCGGUGUUAAUGAUACGGAAGGCCAACGCACGAAGUUGAACUAUUAAAAAUAGCAGAGUACAGCCGUUGCAAUGUGUUAUGCGAAGUACUGUUUUCGUACGAAGCAAAGCAUCAGAAGUAAAUUUCUGAACACAGUCAUCCACUAUAAGUUUGUGUGAUGAACGUGUUUUUUUUAAACUUAGAUUUAUCCACAAUGGUGGCUGUAUCAGAACAAACAGAUGUAGAAAUGAAAAAUGCCGACAGCCCUUCUGGUGAUGGAGAUUCUGGAGACACUAAAAAGGAUUCAGAUGCUCUUACAAUUCAGGAUAUUAGAGAGCAUGCCCGUCAGAUUGAAAAGGCAGUUCAAAGCAAGGAGCCAAGAUUCAUUUUAAGGGUCCUAAGAUCAUUGCCAAAUACACGGAGGAAACUAAAUCCUACCAUUCUACGGGGAAUUAUUACUGGAUUUUAUACUCACUCAGCAGUUGAAAGGGAUGCACUGUUGGCAUUUGUGGAGGAACCAAUGGAAACUGAGAGCAGUAGUAGCCAUCGAAUGAGAAGCAGUAAGAGCUCAGUUACACCACUGCUUCCUGAGAUAGAUACUUACAUUCAUCUUCUGGUGCUUCUUAAGUUGAUUGAUGGUCAGAAAUAUAGUGAUGCUGUCCAGUGUUCAGAUCUGUUAAUGCAAAAAGUAACAGCCCAAAAUCGGCGCACCCUUGACCUGGUAGCAGCAAAAUGUUACUUCUACCACUCUCGCAGCUAUGAGCUAACAGAGCAGCUAGAAAAGAUACGUGGCUUUUUACAUUCACGACUGCGAACAGCCACACUUAGAAAUGAUUUUGAGGGACAAGGAGUGCUCAUUAACUGUCUCUUACGCAACUACUUGCACUACAGUCUCUAUGAUCAAGCUGAUAAAUUAGUUUCUAAGUCAGUUUUUCCAGAAACAGGUAGUAACAAUGAAUGGGCUCGCUUUUUCUACUACCUUGGCCGCAUCAAGGCAGCUCGUCUGGAGUACUCUGCAGCCCACAAGCAUCUUGUUCAAGCUAUGCGUAAAGCUCCACAGACUGCAGCUGUGGGAUUCCGUCAGACAGUGCAGAAGCUGGCAGUAACUGUGGAACUACUGCUAGGAGACAUACCAGAACGUCAGAUAUUUAGACAGGCUGCUCUUAGGCGGUCUCUGGCACCUUACUUCCAGCUUACCCAAGCAGUGCGAAUGGGAAACCUUCAUAGAUUUGGGGAAGUGUUGGAAAAUUUUGGGCCUCAGUUUCGUGCAGACCAUACAUUUACACUCAUUCUGCGCCUUCGGCAUAAUGUAAUCAAGACUGCUAUUCGCUCUGUGGGGUUAUCCUAUUCCCGUAUUGCUCCAGCUGAUAUUGCACGAAAGUUGGGAUUGGAUUCACCAGAAGACGCAGAGUUCAUUGUUGCCAAGGCCAUAAGGGAUGGAGUUAUUGAAGCCACGUUGGAUCCAGAACGUGGCUAUAUGCGCAGCAAAGAAACCACUGAUAUAUACUGUACAAGAGAACCACAACUGGCUUUCCAUCAACGGAUCUCAUUUUGUCUGGAUCUGCACAACCAGAGUGUGAAGGCUAUGCGGUACCCACCAAAAUCAUAUGGCAAAGAUUUAGAAUCAGCAGAAGAGCGACGAGAAAGAGAGCAGCAAGACAUGGAAUUGGCCAAAGAAAUGGCAGAGGAUGAUGAUGAUGGAUUUCCGUAAUUUUUCUAGAUAUUUCUUUUCCUCUGAUUCUGUGCUUUGUUUCCUGUAGACUUUAUCUCUCAUUUUUGGUGUAAGCAUGCCCGUUCAGGUGCUGUAACUAUCAGAAAUAAAUGAAAAUUCUAUCAAAACAGUGUAGAGCAUUAAUUCCAUGCAGUCACCUUGUUAUUAUACUGGACAUUAUUAUUUGCUAGUUUGUUCACCACUCAAAGUGAACAGAAGAAAUUGUUGCAUCAAGGAUUGUUAAAAUAGUUUAUUGAACAUAACUACAUGCAUAUCAAGUAAAGAGUGCCUUGCAGUAUACAAUGUUACGUCAAUAUAAGGCACCUUAUAAAUAUUACAUAUUUUGUUCUAGUAAUGAUUCUGAUAUUGCAUCAGUCCUUAAUCAUGCAGAUGUGUUGUUCAUUAACUGCAAAAAUUAAAUAUGAAUCUAGUGUAAUACACAAACAGAACAUUAAUGUUUUGAAUAAAAUUUUUCAACAUUUUCAUUCUGCACACUUGGGAGGGCAGUCACAAAAUGUUAUGUUAUAAACUACGUGUGCAUAUGAAACAGAGCACCUUGCAGUAUACAGCCUAUGUUACUAGAAGCCACCUUAUAAAUAUUUUAUAUUUUGUUUCAGAAAUGAGAUUCUGAUAUUAAUAUCAAUUACUAAUGCUGCAAUUGUGUUAUUAGCCGCAAAAAUAAAAUGUAGAUAUAAUCUGAAGACAAAUAGAAUGUAACAUACUCGUACUGUACAAUAUUUUUCAUUUUGCACAUCUGGCAGUACAAUCACAAAAUUUUAUAUUAUGAACUACUUGCAAUACAAAGCCACUUAAUCUUAUGAAUAUAUUUUUAGUAAUGAGAUUCUGAUAUUGUAUCAGUUCUUAAUGCUGCAGUUAUGUCAUUAAUAGGGCCCAGAUCUUUAUGCACUAAAAAAUGGGAAAAUA